ACCUACGUGCCUCCCGCUAUAGCUCACCAAAAGUAACCACAAUCAGAGACGGUUUAACGGUGUGCAUAUAUGUUGCACGUUCGCGGUGUAGAGCAGACACCCUGCGGCAAACACACUUGAGGGGCCGAAUGACUACUGCUGCCUGCAUUCUCUCCUAAAUUGUUUUGGAUUCCAUACAGUUGUCGUUAUUUUUUACUAGUCCUGUCCUCCCUCAGCACCAGCGGGAUGGGGGAAUGAUUAGCACCGACUCUCCUCCUCCUGCUCCUCCUUCGAUAGGUCCCGGUGUCCCCUGUCAGUCGUCGGAGCUCUGCCUAGGAUGUGGGCCCAGCUGCUCGACCAGGCUGCGGUGUUUGCGGCCCUGUUGACGCUGAGCACCUGCUUGACAGGAUCUCAUCUAUGCCCUCGGAGUUUAGACUGUGCCCGGGCAGGACGAGACUUCUGCCAGCCCGGGAGCUCACACUGCGGACCCUGCCUGCGCCCUCUGGUGGAGAACUCCCAUGGCCGCUGUGUGGUCAAGAGGAGGCAUGCUCCUCACUCCAUUAAAGGUAAGGUGAGCACUUAUCCUGAGCUGGAUGAGGAGAUUGACUUCCUCUCUGCCAUCAUCAGUGAACAGAGAACUGAGUCCAGGCUGCCAGCUCCACCUUCCCAAGACGUCUCUAAACCUAAAUCCAAGCAGCUCGGUGAGCCCGGCCACGCCCAUAGAGCAUCUGCCACAGAGCAGCCCAUGAGCCAGAGCGUCUUGUUCACCAGCAUGGCUCCACCCACCACCACCACAAACCACACUCCUGCUCUGCUCAGCGAUCCCAUCAUUCUCCCCUACCCUUCUAAUGACUAUGUGUUUAUCAUUAUGAGCAGUGUCUUCAUUGUGGCAGGUUCGCUGGCUUUGGUCAUAGCAGGGGCCUGUUGGAUCAGAUUGCAGAAAGGUGGGCGUUUAACUCAGAAGAUGGACUACCCUGCAUAUAGACUGAUGAAAGACCAAGCCUUUGAUUUGCCUGGGGACAAGAAGCUGGCCCACAGUGCCCAGAUGUACCACUACCAGCACCAGAAGCAGCAGAUGCUCUCCCUGGAGAAACAAAGGGAUGAUCCAAAAGUUCCUGACUCAGGAGCAUCGACCGAUGAGGAGAACGAGGAUGGAGAUUUCACAGUGUAUGAGUGUCCUGGAUUGGCACCUACUGGAGAAAUGGAGGUGAAGAACCCACUGUUUGAUGACUCCACCCUUCAAAGGUUCCACAAGUAAACCUGGACAUUGAUAUGCCACUCCCAAUGCAGCAUUUGUGUGUACAAAUAGUUGAAUUUACACACAUACACACACUCCACAUACACUGCUCUGCUCAGUCCAACCCUUGAAAUGGACAGGAUGGAGAGUGUAAGGUACAUAGAGGAGAAAGACGAUGAUGAAUGAGGCGCUCAUGGACAUUUAAAGGACGUCACAGCGCUAUUUUUUUGUUGUUGACGCAGGACUGAAUCUGGGACCAGUGCCUCCAAUUCUACAGCCACAUUCUGUUCUUUCAUCACUCUUCUUUCCUAGUUCUGUUCAAAAAAUUACAAUCAGCCAAUAUCCAAGAACUCAGAAUAACUUCCGACAGGUAGCAGACAUGCAUAUUGAAUAUAAUAUCCUGUGUUAAUAGAAGCAGAGUCCAGCCACUGAGCUACGACUCAGUUUUUCUAUCAGGUCAUUGAUUGAUAGACCUUCAUCAAUAUCCAUGUUUAUUAAUCAGUACUUUUGAAUUCAUGGAGUUCUUACUGCAGGCUUUGGUUUUAUUUAAGCAUUUUUUUAAAUGUGAUUUUAAUAUUUCACGAACACACCGUGAUCUUUAUCAGUAUGUUAUGUAGUCAUUGUGUUCUCAGUCCAGUUCCUCUAUGCAUGAAUUGAUGACAGUGUGUUAUGAAACCUGAGAGUCAAUUUGCAUUUACAGUUCUUCUUAAGUUUCUUGUGCAAACUUGCUAUAUUUAACAUAUAACUUGAAUGAUUUCAAAGUACUUUGAAACCUUUUUACCUAGAACUCUGAAACAGAGCAGGUCCAUCCUGUAUACAUGGUAUCUCACUAACAUGGCUUGUCCCCAUGGUUAUUGUGAUCUGUAAAUAGCUGCUAAGGUGUACAGGAAAGAGAUCUUACCUCACAUGGCUUACACAUGUUCCGCUAGAUUCCGGAGCGCUGUGUCAAAUCUUGAACUGUUGUUUCCUUAUCGUUGACUAUACUUACAGGGUUCCUACUCAUGUGGAAAGGACAGGACAUGUCUCAGAAAGAAGUGAUAUCCAGGUUUUGAAAACAUAUUUGACCUGUUAUAUCAGUUAUUGUGCAUUAUAGGUUUUUAACUGAAAUGUAAUAGUUUUGUUGAUUAAGGGGAAAGCAGAGCUUAUCCGCACACUAUGACAUAGCUCCCGAAUGUUUAUUAGAAAUGAACAGGCAACGUUUAAAUCCUACCAAGUCUUCACCAGGCAUAACAUGAAAAAGGGGCAAGGUUCAUGUAGGUAUAAAACCGAUUGCAUAAUGUCAAGUACAACCAAUCAAGCUUAAUGCUUUAGAUUAUUACUUUCAAUAUGACAAGACACAUUGUCAUAAAACAAAUUAGUAUCAUGGAAAUGAAAAACUGAAACGCUGACGUUUAAAUAUAUUUGAAACUAUUUCAAAGAGAGGGCACACAGCAUAAUAUUACAACAUAAGCCAAGAUUAAAUGAUAGAAAAUAAUUGUAAAUGGAGUAAAAAUCCAUUACAUUCACCAGCCAGGAGGUGAUUAGUUGACUAGAAGCUGGGAGAAACAGCCUGGCUUUUUCAAAAUUUCAAAAAUAUCCCUGCUAACAUAAUAUGUAAUCCAGUAUGUGGCAAUAAGACAUGCACCAGUCUAACUUCAUCUUUCCAAAUACUAAUUUGUUCGUCUGUCGUAACUAAAUGAACAUAAUUAAUAGUAGAAACACUGAAUUUUAUACUAAUGGUAUGCACUGUUAGCCAUAUAAAGGAUUGGAUUGGUGUAUCCCGAAUGAAUAUUCUCCGCUUUUACCUUUUACUGAAGCUGCUAUCCUCAUCUGACCUAAAUGCUAGGACUAGACAUGCACAACUACCUUUCUUUAUCUUGAUGAUGGUCACAUUGCCCCACUGCAUUGAUCAUACACAGUACAUUACACACCCAGGAUGAUUCCUUACCUCCAGUGACAGAUGUUUGACUAGGUGCAGUAACCCUGGAUGAAACUGUGGCCUCUUGCUGCUGUCUCUAAGGAAAGUUACUCUUUGCGGCCCCUCUCUUAGCUCUCCCACAGUGGAGUACCAUAUUAAACUGCAUUUGACCUGCACACAUACACCUACAAUAUGUCAAAAAUAUAUAUAUUUAUAUAUGUACAGCGGAUAUAAGGAGUGUUAACACAGGAUACUUUAACUGUUUUAAUCAAACCUACUGAGGUUGUGGAACAAAAUGAAGGACUAUUUAUGGUUGGAGGGAUGAAGGAUUACCCGAAAUGAUACAAUUCUCAUAUUGUUUGCCUUUUCUAAAUGUUACAUAUUUCUGCUGUCCCUUCAGGAGUGCUGAGAGCUAAACAAAAACAAUGCGCUUGUUGUCUUGUUUUGGUAAUUGUCUCUCUAAUGACAAAUGGGUCUUGUAAAGGAAUUCUCGAACAAGUAACUACUUAAGCUAGCUAUCUUUGAUACGGACUGUUUUCAGACUCUAUAUAAUGGGUUCUGAACACUAAGGAGAACUUCUUUACCACCAUGUUUAGCAUGCAUGUGGAUAUACCAGAGCGGAAAUGAAAUAAAUAUUUAUAUAAUCUGAA